AUGGGAAGAAGCACUCGAUUUCCCCUGAAUCUCUCCUCAAAAUGCGCUCCGGAUCGACGGUGCUCGACUCAAUCGCGCCCGAAAGCCGCUUCUAAGGGUCCUAUAGCUGAAAAGGAAAAUAACGUACCCAUCGGAUAUCAGCAAACGAACAAAAUUAUGGUGCAGCAAAUUCGACAAUUGAAGCUCGAGGUGGCCAACGGCAAAGGACAAAUCGAGGAUCUGCGAAAGGAAAACUUCCGACUAAACGAACGUCUCCACGCGCUCGAAGCGGCAACUGGGAAUGAACGUGUGGAGAUGAUUUUGAACGAAAGAAUAAAGAAAAAAACUUGGCUACGAUAUUGGGACAUGGAAGAGCCAUUUGAUCCGGACGCGACUCCAAAAGCCGAACAACCAUCGUCAUCAAGAGCGAAGUCAAUAAAGAAAUUAGCGCCUGAAACUCUUAAAGUUGUGCCACGUUCAGUAAAACGAAAAGCUGCAGUCGAAUUGGAGACGCCAAGGUUGGCGGCUGGAAAAGCAAAUGAGCAAAUGUUACCACCCGGGACCCCACUCGACUUCCCGAAUCCACUCAUCGAGACGGAUACAGUGAGAAGACGUCGUCAGGCAACCCUUCGAGUUCCCACAUAUGCUCUCCUCGUUUUGAAAAUGAGACGACCUGGCAAAGCGGAUGAACCCAACCCUUAUAGUUCG